UAGCUAGGUAUCCUAUUUGUAUGGAAAACAAAACUUUGUCACAUGAUUCUGUGUUGUGGUGUGUAAGUUGAUGAUGACAUUUUUUUGUCGAAACUUAAUCUAGAGGAGGAAGUCACUGUCUGAAUUCCUUGAAAACUGUUCUUGAAAUUUAUUUGAUACAUGUACAUGUAUUAUGCAUGCAUAAGCAUUUGUUCCUUGGCUGUCACAAUGAAAAAUUGACUAGUCCCUGCUCAAAAAGGCACAGCUUGUAGUUACUGGUCUUCAUGUGAAAAGGUGUCUGUUGAGCUGACUUUGCUUUUGAAAGAGAUUGAGAUGCAAAAAACAAGGCCAUGGCUGUAAUUCUGAGGUCAUCACAACUCGCCAUGGGAAUGGAAGCACUGGCACUUCUUGUUUCAUUCUUAGAAAAAGAUGAUUUAAGAGGAGAUAACCCAGAGGUGAGUUUAGUAUUCUCCUGAUAGUAAGACUCUAUGUGCAGCAUCCAUACAGUGAGAUUAUGUUGUUAAUGCUUUAACCUGUAUUUAAGUGUACAUCAGAAUCUUCAAAGGAAGAACUCUUCAAGAAGGAAAGAAAGAAUGUGUAAUUUGGUAAGAUUGGCCUACAUGUACAUGGACAUUGAAAUGUGUACCUGAAAGAGAAAGGUGUGAUGUAAUUUGCCUGCUAACUGACUGUCCAAUAACAACACACAGUUCUAAUUGUUCAGCGGAAACCAAGGGUAAACUUUAAGCAAUUGUAUCUCCUGAAAGCGAGGGGAUGUUUGUACCACCCAAACAGCUUGAUGUAGACUGCCACUGGUUGUAAUGACAGGAUAUGAAAGCUUGUUCCUUUAGAAUAAUACAGUGGGCUUAGAAACCUGUUACCUGUAGCUAGAAGGAGAUUUGUCACUGACUGAUAAAAACUACCUACACUAGCUCAUGCCCAUUGGGUAGCAAGCCGCUCAAGUGAGGUAGGAGAUAAAAAGCUUUUCAGUUGAGGUAAUCAUGUUUUGUUGUUGGACUGGCCUUAUCCAGUCUCUUUCCAACAAGACAAAGAGGGGGUGGUUUAGUAAAUGUACCUGUUGCAUCUUGUCAUUUUGUUUUGAGGGCGUAGACUCACUCAUCUACCGGGGACUUUAGUUGCCUUUGAUGAAGUCUUGUUUUGAAAAAGAAUCCUUGAUGAAUGAUGAUCAUUGUAGGACUCCUGUCCCCAGUACUGCUGUCUUUGGAGGUAGAGCAAGUCAACCGUAAAAUUUGGAGUAUUUUGGCCUGACCAUAGAGCUUGGAUUCAGAAUUUGACACCAUAUAGCCUUGCAGCAUUUGCCAGUGUUUUUUGCUGUACUUUACUGAGGUUGGCAGGAUCAAUGCACUGGUUGUAUGUAACAAAAUCUCUUGGUGGAAUGUUGUACCAGGGUUGUACCAAUGAGUAGAGCCAUGUUGGAUGUUACACAGCACUCUUCUCAUCAGCCAGGCUUUGUUAUUUCCUGUGAGGAAUGUCUGCGUCACGUAAUAAUUGCAGUCAUGUUGCAUUGAACUGGAAUAGUCAUUCUUCAGUUUAUCCAUUGGAUCAAACUUUUGAAAUGUAAUGACUGAUCACUCAUUCACGGUUGAUCUUCUCUCUUCAUCUGUUCCGGACCGGGUGAAGAUGAACCAGUUACAGAAUCUCCUCCAUAGUGCCCUGAUUGCCACAGGACAUGUGGAGAACAGUGCCAUCAUCAGACGGAGAGACGUCUCACUACGAGCCAGCUCAGCUGGGUUCACGUUGAGCACUGAUCAAAUUCAGCGUUUCAUCGAUGCCUUCAAGGACCCAUCAGCUACCAGAGAGAAGGGCUUGUACUUCAAUGAUCGUAUCUAUCAGUGUGUUCGAGCAGACAAGAGCUCCAUCUAUGCCAAAUCGGACAAGAUUGGUAUUGUUCUUGUCAGGACAGCUACCCUCAUCAUUAUUGGUACAUACAAUGAUAACAUGUUCCCAAGUGUUUGUGUGGAGGCCGUGGAAAAACUAGCAUCUUACUUCAAAGAGAAAGACAAGUGAUUCCCAACACCAAGGACAGCAGAUGGAUUACCAACAUGACCAAUCCCUGUGUACUGCAAGGUGCUGAUGUCAAAAGGAAGCCAGGCGUGAAAAGUCUGGUGAUGCUCUCUCAUCAGUCAUCCCAAGAGGAGAGGUUCAUUAUAACUUGGGAGUGUUUAACAGUGAGGAGAACCUGAAGCAGAUGGAGGAUUCUAGAGAAGAUGCCACAGUCUUCUGAUCAGCAUUGAGCUUUAGCAUGAAUGGCUGGUAUAUCAGGCAUGAGGUACAUUGAUUGCAUGAGUGCAUCUUCUUAAAUGCCAUACCACAGCGUAUAGGUUCUGGCCAUCAUAAAUAAUAAUAAUAAAAUGGAUUUGGCAAACGCCCUCCGUUAAAUUAACCUCAGGGCGAUUUACAUUGAUUAUCCAACAAGACAGAGAUACAUGAACAUUUAAAAUGAGCGAUACAUCAAAUUAAACAUGAGUAGUUACAUGUAUUAGUAUACCGCAUAAGAGGUAUUCCACUCAGGGGAAAGUCUAUUUGAGGGAAGGAGGCCAGGCAUGGAGGAUCCCGCAGACACACGACACCCUGUUUAAAAGAUGCCACAAGGCCGGCUGUUUCCGAGCAGCUUAAGGGCCUGUGCCCUGUUAGUAUCCUCACAGGUCCGCUAACCACUGGGUGAUGAGGGGAUGGUGGUGCUGAGUGUCUGGUCAAUCACCCAUCAAUGUGUGUAGGAAAGUUAGAACAACACGUACUUGCACCUUAUGCUUUUAGCGGUGGGUUCAAUUACUUUCUGAGUUGAGUUGGGUUUUUAUCUCAUCCCCACCGUCUUACUUGUUAGACACAACACACAAGGCCAAAACUGGUGAUAAACCCUCCGUACUGAUUUCAACUUUCACUCUGUGGAGAAUAUUGGGAGAUGCUACUUGGCAUGAGUUAUUGGUUGAUCUGAGUCAAUGGGAUUGACCUUAAUAACAACUCACUUUGUCACUUUGUCUUUGUUUGUGUGUUAGUGAAGUCUCAAAACAGGCCAAUUGAAAGCAGCCAAGAAACCACUGUUUCUCUGUUAAAAUACCGUAUAUCAAGGCUGCUAAAUUCAACUUAGUCAAGUGCACUAACUUCAACAGACUUGUGCCUCACGCUAGACCAAGAUAGCAGAAGAUCAUUGAGUUAAUGUGAGCACUGAUUAGGAUUAUGUCAUUUGAUUCAGUGACUGGAGUAGGAGACUACUAGUUUGACCCCAACUGCAAAGGGUCAGUAUGCCAAUUGCUAUGGCAGUGCAUACACAGUGUGCAUGUAUAUGUGUGUGUGUACAUGUAUGUGUGUGUGCUCCCUGUACUUGUACUUCUGUUCUCAAUGGAGAUAUAUGAAUAGCAGGUGCACAUUACCAUGAUUAUGUAGAUGUUCUGUGGUUGCGAUAGGCAAACAAACAAAUAACAGCCCAGCAUGGCUCAAAGUUAGUUCUGUAGAUGACCAAAUAAGGCAGUCCUGGGUCGCCAUUGAUAAGAUAUGGACAUGCUUGUGUCAAAUUCCAAGUGACCUACUCCCAAAUUUUGCAAGGAAAUCUUCACACUAAAGUUUGCGUAUUGGAUUGAAAGUUUGUUUAGUGGAUUGGUUGAUUGUACCACUUGGCUGUUCUCACUGCCGAUGAACUUUGUACCACUGCUGUAAAAACUAGAACACUCUUGACACUUGACACGAAGGUAUUUUGUUUGGCCCUGAUCAUGCCAGUCAUAAGUAAAUACAGAAACGGUAGUGGUUGAAUGGUUUCAUAUACUCACCUGUCUAAGGGAGCAAACAAUGAGAUAUUGAAUGUGGUCUUGAGAUCCCUUGACACCAUUGUUGGUUUAACAGUUUCACAUUCACACAUUACAGGUACAUGUAUGUUCAAUUGGAGCUCCUCGGAAACUGACAGGUGUUAUAGGGAAGUGUGUACACUAUUUGAUGUUUGGAACUGGGAAAACUGUCCUGUACAGUCACAGUAUACAGAUGAUGUUAAUAAAUAGAACUCUUGCAUGCAAUAUAUUUAUUCAGCAGUAUCAUUUGAACACAGGGUGAUGGAUGUUGCAUUGGUCAAUGCUUAGUUAAUGCAGCAGCAGGAUGAUACGGGUGUAAACGCAGGUAAUAUCAAGAACAGUUACAAUUCAUAAGUUAAACAAUCUGUACAGAGUACACCACUCAAAUUAAUUCCAUUGUAUUUCAUGAUUUUCCUUUAUUGUUUAAGCAGGAAUUUCUAAUCAACUUAGAUCAUGCCAAUCAGUAUACAUGAUAACCAUUAGUUCACAAAUAUUGUAUCCUAGUAAACCUGCUAUUGAUCUGUUUUUAUUGUUUGUAUUUUUACUUGGUCAAUUGUUUGGUUGGCAAAAAUUUACAGUGCAUACCUUUAAAGAAGAAAGAAUGUACAUGUACUUACCUUCCCAGUCGCCCAAAUUUGGGGCCAUGAACUAACUACGUGUGGUAUUUAUGUCAAUGAUGCUGCAGUGAAAUUCUAUCACUUCUUGUCAUGUUAUCCCUCAGGUAACAUAACCUGUAAAUAUCUUGAAAUGCCAGCUUGCUGUUCAAUCUGAGCCAGUCUUGACGGUUAAGAAUUCUUUGCCUUGUAACUAAUGAUUUUAACAUAUUGUCAGGAUUUGGACUGGGGUGUUGAGUGAAGCAGCUACCAGUGAAUACAUUAAUUAAAGAUGGACUUGUGAGAACUUUAUCUUUA